AUGGCCGCCAGCAACCUCUCGACAUACUCCGAUUGCGUCUCUUCUCUCCGCACCUCCCUCAAAUUCCUCGAAUCUUCCGUCGAGACUCUUGAUAAUGGCGUAUCAGAUUUCCCCCGUCUAGUCAAUGUCCUCAAGACCGUCCGCCACUACGAACUCAUUCCACAACCCACUCUCGCUGCAGCUGAGGCCUCAUUACGUGACGAAAUCGGACCAUAUAUUGCUCUCCUUCUCGCCCGCGCAGACUCCCAGAUCGAGCGUCAGGAGCGUCGCAUCGAAACACUUAAAGCCCGCGCAGAGCUUCAACAGGGUCGUUUAUCCCGCCCAGAUGAUAAUUACGACGAAUACGGUGGAAAGUCUAAGAAGCAGCGAACCGGGAGCCGUAAGUUGACUGCAGAGGAGAAGCUCCGCGCGCGAGCAGUUCGGCAGCGCAAAGAGGCUCUGCGCUAUGGUGUCGAGAGAUUGGAGCUGGAAGUGUUGCAGAAGGAGAGGGAGCUCAGGAAGAGACUGGAGGGAUGA